AUGCGAGGAGUUGUUCGGCGAGGAGAACAAGUGGAUGAAGAGGAAUUGGAAAACCCCGGUUUCGGGGUGGUUAUGGGAAUAAGCGGUCGAGGUCGUGGGAUGCGUAAUGGUGGCCCCGGUCGUCGAGUGCCGAAACUGGGCAUUGGCGGAUUUUUUGUGAAAGUGCCUCGGCAUCGUCUGUCGAAUGCGGAAGAAGAGAAUGUUGUUGAGGAGGAUGCAGCAAAACCAAAAAUAAAGCGUCCACGGAAGCCAAGGAGAUCACAGCUGGAAGAUAAUUAUCCUCCUGUUAUUCAGGUAAACUUGACGGGAACUUGA